AAAUCCCCUCAUAUCGCUGUUGCCAUUCACUCUCAGCGCCGUCACAAUUAGGGUUUCUGCGCCUCCCUCCAAUUUCAACAACUAUCUUCGACGUACGCAUAUUGACAGUAUACAGAAAUGGUGGACGAAGGGGUUAAAUCACGGGAUCCGAUUUUCAGAGACAUCCGUCGAUACUAUUGUGAGUACUGCGGGAUUUGUCGAUCCAAAAAAACCCUAAUCGCCGCUCACAUCCAAUCUCAACACGCGGAGGAAUUAAAGGAGAAGGAGCUGAAUGAAGAAACUGAUAACGGAGAGAAAUUAAACAAGUGUGAAGAAUGCGGUUUGAAUUUCUCAAAACCUGCUCAUCUUAAGCAGCAUAUGCAAAGCCAUUCGCUCGAGAGGCCAUUCAUAUGUUCGGUGGAUGACUGCGACUCUAGUUACAGAAGGAAGGACCACUUGAACAGACACAUGCUUCAACAUCAAGGGAAAUUGUUUGAGUGUCCGGUUGAGAGCUGUAAACGGACGUUUACUCUACAGGGUAAUAUGGCAUGGCAUGUGAAAGAGUUCCAUGGAGAAUCUGCUUUUGCUGAUGUCAAACAUCCUAUGGAACAUGUCUGUCCUGAGCCUCGUUGUGGAAAAGUGUUUAGAUAUGCCUCCAAAUUGUGUAAACACGAGGAUUCUCAUGUCAUGUUGGAUUCUUCGGAGGCUUACUGUGCUGAACCAGGCUGUAUGAAAUAUUUCUCAAAUGAGAGGUGCCUCAAGGAGCACAUACAGUUGUGCCAUCAAUACGUUAUGUGUGAUGAAUGUGGCACGAGACAGCUGAAGAAAAACAUUAAGCGUCACAUGCGCAUGCAUAAAUCAGAACUAAGUUCUACAGAAAGGAUAAACUGUAGUGUUGAAGGAUGCUCACUAACAUUUUCGACUACAUCAAAUCUCAACAAGCAUAUGAAGGCUGUACACUUGGAACUCAAACCAUUUGCUUGCGGCAUGCCUGGCUGUAACAAGAGAUUUGCAUUUAAACAUGUGAGAGACAAUCAUGAAAAAUCUGGGUGCCACGUCUAUACUCCAGGGGGUGAUUUUGAGGCAUCUGAUGAGCAAUUCCGGUCGAGGCCAAGAGGUGGCCGGAAAAGGAGUUAUCCAGUUAUCGAGACACUGAUGCGGAAGAGGAUCGUUCCACCCAGUGAAUCAGACCUUGAUAGGAACGAGGGAGGCGAUUACCCAUCAUGUCAAUUCUCAAAUUAACAAAUCUAUAAUUAGAGGUAUAUUUUGUAUAUGUAAGAUGUACAGUAGUUACAUAUAGCAGUGUAUGUGACACGAUAAAUAUACUCCAUUUUGGAAUAUUAUGCCCAUUUAGCUAGGAGCUUCUGAUUUGAGUUUGUAUAUCAUUUUUAUUUUCGAAUUUGAAUAUAGGAAUUGUUUCUGGCG